UGUUUUACAGACAGUCGUUGUUUUCCAUUCGCGUAAUAUACAUAUAAUUACUCUUAAUUAGUUGAAGUGAUUCUGUAUAAUACUGUAGAUAGUAAAUAGUACUGUUCUAACGUAGAGCAUCGGAAAUCUAUUUGAACUCAAGUAGUAUAUAAAAAUUUCCAAUUAGCUUGAUUAAGAGUAAAUGGAGAACCCAAAAUUUAAAAAUGAUGACGGCUGUAAUGUAGAGAUAAAUGAUCAAGAUAGAGAAUACCACGUUGGUUAUUAUAGUGUAAAUCUUAUUUACAAAUGUCCACACACGUUUUUGGAUUGCAUUUCAAAGAAACUAUACAUUCUGCAUUGGCUACCCGAGUAUUCCAUGGGUAAUUUUUUUGGUGAUUUACUAGCUGGCCUGACAAUUGGUUUAACUGUUAUACCUCAGUCAAUGGGAUUAGCUGGUAUUGCUGGAGUACCAGCUCAAUUCGGCCUUUACAGUUCAUUCAUCAGUCCAAUAGUAUACGCGUUUAUGGGAACCAGUAAAUCAGUUCCUAUGGGUCCAUCAGCUAUUGUGGCUCUAUUAACCUAUAAUACGAUUCAAGAUCAAGGUCCAACAUAUGCUACUUUUCUGUGCUUUAUUACUGGAAUCAUUCAAAUAUUGAUGCAUUUCACUGGCAUGGCGAUGCUAAUGAAUUUCAUAUCUGUACCAGUCACUACAGGUUUCACAACAGCGGUUGGAAUUCUCAUAAUUUGUUCACAAAUUAAAGACUUAACGGGCAUCAAAGUUCGUGGUGCCACACUAAUACAAAUGGUGCAAUCAUUGACUAAAGAUAUAAAAAAUGUCAAUGUUGAAAAUUAUACAGAUACAGUUAUAGGUGUAUCAUGUAUUCUUACACUGCAAGUUUUAAAAAUGUUAAGCAAUAUACAUGUUGGUAUAAAGAAUCAAGAACAAAAAAUGUCAAAACACAAUAUUUUAAUUAAAAUACUAUGGAUGAUAGGUGCUUUUCGAAAUUUAUUUGUAGUAAUAGUAUGUUGUUUUAUUAGUUAUUACUAUAUAAAUUAUUCAAAUCAUACUGUAAAAGCUUCUAGUUCACGUCCUAUUUCAUUUAAAAUCAUUGGCAAGAUACCUUCUGGCCUUCCUCAACUAAAAUGGCCAGAAUUUAAUAUCAAUGUAGAUAGAAAAGAAGAAGGAUUUAUUAAAAUAGUCACAAAUAUGGGUUUUGGCAUUAUUGUUGUUCCACUAAUCUCGAUGUUAGAGAGCAUAUCACUUAGUAGAAAAUUCGCUGAUGGAAAUGCUGUAAACACAAGUCAAGAGUUUUUGGCGAUAGGUCUCUCAAAUAUAGGGAGCUCAUUUGUCCAAGGAUUUCCUGGGUCAGGAGCUUUAGCAAGAGGCGCACUAAACUAUUCAAGCGGAGUGAAGACCCCAUUAGGAGGAUUAUAUACAGGAAUAACUGUAAUGGUAGCACUUAUAUUUCUGACGCCAUAUUUUUAUUACAUUCCAAAAGCAUCACUAGCCUCUGUAAUAAUUGCUGCAUCAUUUUCGAUGAUCGAGAUUGAACCAAUAAAAAUAAUUUACUAUUCAAAAAAAAAAGAUCUCAUUUUUGUUUUUGUAACAUUUUUUGCAUGCCUAGUUUUUCCGUUAGAAAUAGGAGUACUUUUUGGUAUUUUUCUCAACAUAGGGUUUAUAUUAUCAAGUGCGGCAAAACCAAAAAUAUCAAUAGAAAUUCAAAAGACCUCAAACGAUGUAAAAUAUUUGUUGUUGACUCCGGAUAGAUAUCUAAUUUUUCCUUCCACUGAGAAUGUAAGAAAACUUAUAACAGAAUAUGAUAAUAGUGGAGAGCUUUCAAUAGUAAUUGAUGGUUCAAGAAUAUUUGAAGCUGAUUUUACAACUGCAAAUGUUUUUUCAACAAUAUCACAUGAUUUAUCAAGAAAAGGUCAAAAAAUGUACAUGUUCAAUCUUAAACCUAGUGUUAUCAGAGUAUUUGAUGGCAUUAAUGACAGUCAUAUUAUUUUUUGUAGCAAUAAACAAGAAUUAGAAGAAAUAAUUGACAGUAAUGAAGUUCAGACUACUAUAAUGUAAAUUUAAAAAAAUAAUUCAUAAAUAAAAACAGGAAUUAAUUUUUACGCUUAUAUUUUAAAAAUAUUAAGUUUAACUUAAAUAGUUCAAAUUGUACAAUUAUGAUUUUAAUUUCAAAAUAAAAAGCAUCUAUAUUUGAUAAAAUUUUUCUAUUUAAAAAUAAACUUAUUUUAUUAGGUAUUUUACAUUAUUUCUCAUGUUAAUGUAACUCGUAAUAGUGAAGCAACGCUUAAAAUGAGUUAAAUGUUUGAAAUAAAAUAUCACAGUAGCACUCUAUUUUGUUAAAUAAUUUUAAUGGAAACCGUUAAAAAACUUUUAAAAUUUUUGACUGAGGUAUAAAAUGGUAAUAAGUAGUCUAAAAUAUAUUGAUAAAAAAAAAGUAAUAAGUUAUUUAAUUGUAUUUAUAGC